AUGCUCGACCCGAACCGCCUCACGCUUGUCGAGCGCUGGGCCAUCAAUGCCUCUGAUUCCCAGUUCAAUGCGCUCUCUGGCGCAAUAGGAGGCUUCACGUCAGGUGUCGUCACGUGCCCGCUGGACGUGAUCAAGACCAAGCUACAGGCCCAAGGGGGCUUUUCCGCAGCUGAAAAGGGCCUGCGAGGGGGGCAGGCCAAGGUUUACGAGGGCUUGCUCGGCACGGGGAGGGUAAUAUGGAAGGAGGAGGGUCUGCGUGGAAUGUACAGAGGUCUUGGUCCCAUAAUAUUAGGGUAUCUACCGACCUGGGCUGUGUGGUUCACCAUCUACAACAAGAGCAAGAUAUGGCUGGGACAAUAUCAGCAAAACUCGUUUGUGGUCAACUUCUGGUCGUCCAUCAUAGCUGGUGCCAGCAGUACUAUCGCCACAAACCCGAUAUGGGUCAUCAAAACUAGGUUAAUGUCACAGUCAGGCCGUCACAGCAGACAAAAAAUUUUCUUGCAUCCUAAAGGCUCCAACACACCAACGUCCCGGCCAACCCUCCACGCGCCGUGGCACUACAGGUCGACACUGGAUGCGGCACGCAAAAUGUAUAGCUCCGAGGGCAUCCUCUCGUUCUACUCGGGCCUUACGCCGGCCCUCCUCGGCCUCACUCACGUUGCGGUCCAGUUUCCCGCGUACGAAUAUCUCAAACUAAAGUUCACAGGGAGGGCCAUGGGGGUAGCGCCCAUUGCCGGCCAAGACGAAAAGGCGCACUGGUUUGGCAUCUUGUCGGCCUCUAUUCUUUCCAAAAUCCUCGCCAGCAGCGCCACAUACCCUCACGAGGUGAUCCGCACACGGCUGCAGACGCAGCGACGGCCAAUACCUGGCCAAGAGUACAUGCAGGGUCUUGGAGGGGCCGCGGCCGAGCAGGGCUCCCAAGGGGGGCCAUCCCAGCCGCAAGAACAAGUCCAGAAGCAACAACGCCAGACGCCGAAGUAUAGGGGCGUCGUCAUGACCUUCCGCACCAUCCUCCAUGAGGAGGGCUGGAGGGCUUUCUACGCGGGCAUGGGCACCAACAUGAUGCGGGCCGUGCCGGCGGCGACAGUCACCAUGCUCACAUAUGAGUAUGCAAUGCGACAGCUCAACCAAACGCGAGCCCGCGGCCAGGAGAAGCUACAGUACCAACUCGAGCACCCGAAUUUCUGA